AUGGGAGCCGGUGUUGGAAAGAACAACAAAGCCUUUAAUGUCGCAGUUAUCGGCUUAGACAAUAGUGGUAAAACAACGAUCCUGAAACGUUUAAAUAGAACGGAUCCCACCAGAGAUGAAUUGACGGCCCCAACAAUCGGUUUAAAGGUCAGAAAACUUCGAGUAAACUCAUUGAACCUCACCUGUUUCGAUAUGUCCGGACAGGGACGAUAUCGAAACUUGUGGCAGCACUACUACAGAGAUUGCGAUGGAUUAAUAUUCGUCAUCGAUAGCUCCGACAGAUUACGUCUGCCAGUUGCAAAAGAGGAGCUAGAAUUAGCUCUAAACAGUGACGACCUGAGAGACAGACGAGUUCCUCUACUUCUUUUCGCUAACAAAUCCGACUUGAAAGAUUCAAUUCCCGCCCAGAAAUGUGGCGCCAUGUUGGGUUUCAACAAAACCGUUGACGUAAAUAAGCCCUGGUGGAUUUGCUCGAGUAAUGGAUUGACUGGAGAAGGGCUUGAAGAGGGCUUCGAAUGGCUGACCAAUCAGAUCAAAUCCGGACUGAACCGGAAAUCUUCGAUCCGUUAA